UGUGUAUGUAUUCAUUUGUUCAUCCAAUUAGAGGCAACACAAAGCACUUCUAGUUUUUGUACGUAACUUCGUCGAUCCCUACAAGGAAUCCAUUCCAAUCAGCAAAGCGAAACUAACUACUCAUAAUCUUCAUCAGAAUCAUUCCAUGACGAAAUGAUACCAACUCAUCAAUCGUUAUUUCCUAGGUUUCACUCUGCAAUAUUAAUUACAAUGACAUUCCGUGAGCCGAAGCUUAUUGCUGGAAUCGGGCAAAAGUGUUGGCAUAAAACUUCAAGCUUGUCACAGUCAUCUAGGAAAAGCGCCGGGGUAAAAUUUCGUCAGCAUCGGCGAGAACUUUCUGUCGACAUAGUUACAUAGCUCAUUCAAGGAAAAUCAUGCCCAGGCGACUUCAGCGUUUCUUCACGACCCUGAGGGAGCAGGGCCGUGUCAGCUAUGCCAAGAUUGCAACAGCCGGUGGCUUCUGCAGUAUCGACCUCAUACUCGUAAAGGCAACCGCCCCCGAUGAUUUUCUGCUUCCGGAGCGUUAUGUCAACGAGCUCCUCACGAUCUUCUCCAUCUCCUCCUCCUCUUUCAGGGCUUUCUCUCUGAGCUUCAUCAGGCGGUUCCAUGAGACCCGGUGCUGGCGGGUCGCCCUCAAGUGCCUGCUUCUUGUACACACCCUCCUCCGUUCGCUCCCUGAUGACAGCCCCUUCAGGACAGAGUUGCUGUGGGCCAGAGAUCAUGGAUUGCUCUUGCUCUACCCGUGCCACUUCCGAGACUCGUCGUCCUCAUACUCCGACGACUACACUCUCUUCAUCCGAUCCUAUGCACGACUCAUUGAUGAAGCACUCAAUAUCUUCUCAAUCGGGAGCACAAUAAACGAAUGCCAAGAAGAAGAUGAGGAGGAGAAGGAGCUUCCCGAAAAUUUGCCAGAGAAAAUGAGAGAAAUAGGUCGAAUGCUCGAGGUGCUGCCACAGCUGCAGAGCUUCAUUGAUCAAGUCAUGGCCUGUCGCCCAACAGGCCCAGCAGCUAGCAGCUUAAUCGUGCAGUCAACGAUGAUACACAUCCUCCAUGAUAGCUUCCUUUGCUACACCACUGUCUGGACAGAGAUCAACGUGGUACUGGGGAACCUCUUUCAGAUGCCGUACUGGAGCUGUAUCUCGGCAUUUGGGAUCUACAAGAAGGUGGCACUCCAGGCAAACCAGCUCAACCAGUUCUACGAGUGGUGCAAGUCCAGGGGGUUAUGCGUGCCAUACGAGUAUCCCUUUAUAGAUCAAAUCCCACAAACACAGAUCCGAGCCCUUGAGAUGUCGCUUAACGGAAUGUGGCAGUUGACCGAGUCAUCAUCUUCAGCUACAUCCCCAUCUUCUGUCACGCCUUCGCCGUCGUCAUCCACAGAGGAUGACAGCGAAAGAGCAGCAUUAGGAAGAGAAAUCGUGGUCAGCAAACUGCAGGAAGAAUUUGAGGAGAAGCCACUUGUGAUCAGGUACGAUGAGGAAGAGGAGGAGCCAUUAAUCCGAUUGGAAGAAGAUACUACUGGAAAUGAUAAUUGGGAGACACUUCUCGACAUGUCGGUGAAUCUCUCACCAGCCUAUAGAACUUAUCGCAGUAACAUCUUCCAGCCUUCUCCCAUGCAUGGAUACCGGCAUAGCUCUGGUUCAGGAUAUAGCAUUGAUAAGAAUGAGUGGAAGUUGCAAAAGUAUGAUCUUGCUGCUAUUCAAUCCAACCCCUUUCAUUAUCAAUGCGGGACGCCAUUUGUUCAUGGAGGAUCAUUGAUUAUGAUGUAGGCUGAAGAGUCAUGAAUAUGGGAUCGGAAUUGUUUGAGAGAUAUAGAUGUGCACUCACAUCUUGACGGUUGGUUUAGAUUUUUGGAAAUCAACGACUAAUAACGCUUCAUUGAGAAUAGGAUGUCUUUCACUUUUCUGAAAUUGUUGUGGAAUUUUACAAGCAAAAGAAUACUUCUCGGCAA